AUUCCAAACAAAACCAUCCAUUUCCGACGAAGGAAGCCGAAGCCGAGAAAUUUCCUCUCGGCGAGAGAGAGGAGAGAAACCCUCGCCCGGCGGAACGCGAUGGUGGAGACUCGCCGGAGCUCCGCGGCCAAGCGCCCGUCGGCGUCCCCGUCGCCUUCGCCGGUCUCGCCUUCCGCGUCCGCCCCUCCCCCGAAGCGGCCCAAGGCGGAGCCUCCCUCGUCGCCGGCGUCGUCAGCGCCAGGGAGGGCCGAGGAGGAUUCGGAGGCCGCCGCGGCCGCCGCGAGGAGCGGCGGCGGCUCGGCGGACGACGCGCCGGCGGCAGCGAAGAAAGAUCAAGGAGGGGAUAAGCCCGCGGCGCCGGCUGCCGCGGAGAGCUCGCGUAGGAGGAAGGAGACGACGCCACAGCAGCACGUUGCGCCAUGGGCCAAGCUGCUCUCGCAGUGCUCACAGAGUCCUCACCUUCAUAUCAGUGUCCCUCAAUUUUCUGUUGGACAAAGCAAAAGAUGUAAUUUAUGGUUGAAAGACCAACCUGUCAGCAAAAUACUUUGCAAGUUGCGACAUCAUGAGCAAGGAGCUGGUCUAUGUGAGUUGGAAGUUAUAGGCGAGAAGGGCGUGGUCCUAUUAAACGGAAAGGCUGUAACUCCAGGCAUAAAACUUCCCCUUACAGCAGGGGAUGAACUUGUAUUUAGUUCAUGUGGCAAACAUGCUUAUAUUUUGCAGCAUCCCUUGAAGGAUAAAGUUGCUAAAGCAGUGCCAUCAUCUGCUGUCGGACUUUUGGAACCUCCAGUUGCUGGUGUCAAUCAUAUCCAUAUGGCGAACAGAUCCGAAGUCACUUCAGCUGUUACAGGGACAGAGAUGUUAGCAUCUUUAUCGAAUCAAUCGAAGGACCUACCAGCAUUGCCACCUGCAUCAGCUGGGGAUGACAAUCAGAGAGUAGUUCGACCUAUUGCGUCAUCUGCUUCUGAUAAAUCAAAAGGGCGCUGUAUCAGCCCUGACAAGGAAUGCGAGAAUGGGGAAACUGCUAAUGAGGCUAAUUCUAACAUCGAAGACUCUCCAAUGGAUGUGGCUGCAACUCCCACAUCUCCUGAUGCUGUUGCGAACGACAUCAGUCGACAAAAUGGUUUUGGAUCGGAUGCUCAUCUUGAUGAAAUCGGUAAGAUUGCAACUUAUAAGAUAAGGCCAGUUCUGAGGAUGAUUGCAGGGUCAACUGUACCCGGGUUCGAUUUGACUGGUGAUCCUUUUAAAGCUCUUGAAGAUCAGAGGGAAAUCAUCAGGGAGCUUACAGCUGCAGACAAUUUACCUCCGAGCAGAUGUGAAGCCUUUAAGGAUGGGAUGAAACAAGCAAUUAUUAGUCCAAGUGAUAUUGAAGUUACAUUUGAGAAUUUUCCUUAUUACCUCAGUGAGAAUACAAAGAAUGUGCUCUUAUCAUGUUCGUUCCUACACUUGGAAAAGAAGGACUUAAUUAAGCAGUUCUCCGAAAUUUCAUCAAUAAACCAGCGAAUUUUGUUAUCUGGUCCAGCAGGCUCUGAGAUUUAUCAGGAAACAUUAAUAAAGGCGCUUGCCAAACAUUUUGGUGCCAGACUACUUGUUGUCGAUUCACUCCUAUUGCCUGGGGCACCUUCAAAAGACCCAGAAACCCAGAAAGAUGUUGGCAAGAUUGAUAAAUCAGGGGAUAAGGCAGGUGAGAAAUUGGCAAUUCUUCAUAAGCACCGUUCUUCUUUGGCAGACGCCAUACACUUCAGGAGACCGGCUGCACCAACUUCCAGUGUGAAUGCUGAUAUUGUGGGUACAUCCACUCUGCAUUCUGCAACUUUACCCAAACAGGAAUCGUCAACAGCUACAUCCAAGGGCUAUACUUUUAGAGAAGGGGAGAGGGUGAGGUAUGUGGGUUCAGCUCAGCCAUCUUCAGUGAUACAUAGGGGCCCAAGUUAUGGUUAUAGAGGCAGAGUUAUGCUUGCGUUUGAAGAAAAUGGAUCAUCUAAAAUUGGAGUCCGGUUCGACAAGCAGGUCCCUGAUGGUAAUGAUCUUGGUGGUUUAUGUGAGGAAGAUCAUGGCUUCUUCUGCUCUGCUGAACUACUCCGCCCUGACUUUGCUGGUGGUGAAGAAGUUGAGAGGCUAGCUAUGACGGAGUUAAUUGAGGUCAUCUCAGAAGAAAGCAAAACUGGCUCUCUUAUAGUGUUACUAAAGGAUGUAGAGAAAUCAUUCACUGGAAUUACUGAAUCGUUUUCAUCUUUAAGGAACAAACUCGAAUUGCUUCCAGCGGGUGUUCUUGUUAUAGGAUCCCACACCCAGAUGGACAGCCGUAAAGAGAAGGCACAUCCUGGAGGAUUUCUUUUUACGAAGUUCGCUAGUAGCAGCCAGACGCUAUUUGACCUUUUCCCGGAUAGCUUUGGUAGUCGGUUGCACGAAAGGAACAAAGAAAGUCCUAAGGCAAUGAAACAUCUAAAUAAACUUUUCCCCAACAAAAUUACGAUCCAGCUUCCACAGGAUGAAGCACUACUUACCAAUUGGAAGCAACAAUUGGAUCGUGAUGUUGAAACCCUUAAAGCAAAAUCCAACAUAGGUAGCAUUCGUACGUUUCUGAAUCGCAGUGCAAUUGAGUGCAAUGACCUUGAAGAAUUAUUUAUAAAAGAUCAAUCGCUGACUAAUGAAAAUGUGGACAAGAUUGUUGGAUAUGCUGUCAGCUAUCAUUUUAAGAACAACAAAGUAGAAACCACCAAGGAUGGUAAACUUGUGCUCACUAGUGAAAGCCUUAAGCAUGGCCUCGACAUGCUACAGAGCCUACAUACUGAUAACAAGAGCUCAAAAAAAUCAUUGAAGGAUGUCGUCACAGAGAAUGAGUUUGAGAAAAGGCUUCUGGCAGAUGUUAUACCACCAAAUGAUAUUGGUGUCACCUUUGAUGAUAUUGGAGCGUUGGAGAAUGUGAAGGAAACAUUGAAGGAAUUGGUGAUGCUCCCACUGCAAAGGCCUGAAUUGUUCUGCAAAGGGCAGUUAACGAAGCCUUGCAAGGGAAUAUUGCUCUUUGGGCCUCCUGGCACUGGGAAAACUAUGCUUGCUAAAGCAGUAGCAACUGAAGCAGGCGCCAACUUCAUCAACAUAUCAAUGUCAAGCAUUACAUCGAAGUGGUUCGGUGAAGGAGAGAAAUAUGUUAAGGCUGUUUUUUCUUUAGCAAGUAAAAUAUCGCCCAGUGUUAUUUUUAUUGAUGAGGUUGACAGUAUGUUAGGAAGGAGAGAAAAUCCAGGAGAGCAUGAAGCGAUGCGCAAGAUGAAAAAUGAAUUUAUGGUAAAUUGGGAUGGCUUGCGCACUAAAGAUAAAGAACGUGUACUGGUUCUUGGUGCCACAAAUAGACCUUUUGACCUGGAUGAGGCUGUUAUUAGAAGAUUCCCUCGCAGGUUAAUGGUAAACUUGCCUGACGCAUCAAAUAGGGAGAAAAUUUUGAAAGUAAUUUUGGCAAAAGAAGAGUUGGGACGAGAUACUGAUCUGGAGUCACUUGCCAAUAUGACUGAUGGAUAUUCAGGAAGUGACCUCAAGAAUCUAUGUGUAACUGCCGCACACUACCCUAUCCGAGAAAUCCUGGAGAAGGAAAAGAAGGAGAAGAGUGUUGCAAAAUCAGAAGGCAGGCCUGAGCCUGCCUUGCAUGGAAGCGAGGACGUCCGUCCUCUUAGUUUGGAUGACUUCAAAUCUGCUCAUGAGCAGGUUUGUGCGAGCGUUUCAUCUGAUUCGGCAAACAUGAAUGAGCUAAACCAAUGGAACGAGCUCUACGGUGAAGGUGGAUCAAGGAAAAAGAAAGCACUCAGCUACUUCAUGUGAGAGCGCAAGCAUAAUCGAGAUAAACCGAGAUUUUCCGUGCCGCCGCCGCAUUGUACAGUUGCUAUAGUACACCUCGGCAUGUGCAUCCCCUCGGCUUGUGCAUCGUCCAACUUGUCCAGCCAAAACCAGUCUGGUUUUUCUUCCUCCCUUCAGGAGCAACCGGCUGCCGGCCAUCCUCUUCGUGUAAUUAAGUUGUGCACCGAGUCCGGCUUUUGUUUGUUUCCAAGUUUAAGAUUCAACUUAAAAAGCCAUCGCCUCAUCCAGUUGAGCCUCUCUUUAGUUCCUGUUUGCAGCCGAUUGUCAUUCGCUUGGCUAUAUAGGCCCUGUGUACCUAUGUUAAAUGAAUGGGCAUGAAAAUAAGAACAUUUCCCUGUUGUAGACAGUACAAGAUCCUUGGCGACAGUUAAUUGUCCCAAGGGUUUGUUGCUGUCAUAUAUGCUUCCCAUAUGCUUUCAUACCAAUAACUAUGAAAAGCAUCUUUUAGUGUAUUUUGUUUGACAGAUUGUUUAGUGAUUUUUGGGAUUUGAAUUAUCCUUUCUAAUGAAAAAA